AUGGGAAUUUGUGGUUCGAAAAAGUCGGAUAAGGAAGCAGGGAUAUAAUUAUAAAUAGAGAAAACAGUCGCUGAGUAGAAGUAAAUAAAGAUAGAGGAAGAGCUUUAAGUAUAACAUACAACGAGACGUUCUAUUUGUAAUCAAUUUUCUACACUUAACACAAAUGGGAACGUAGUUACAAUUCAUUAAACUGAACAAGAAGUUUAGAAGUGUGAGCCUUAACAGACUAAGGUCUCUAAAAAGAAGACCAAGUCCACAAAAGACGAUGCUAAUUAUUAUAGAAGAUCAGAUCAUGUACUUACUGUUUUCUCUUUGAUUGUGGAAUUAAUUCAAGACGACCAAAAAAAAUAUUAUAGUAUCACAAUAGGAACAAAAAUUAAAGAUUGUGUACAUUAUGCUCAUGUAAAUGGAAUCCUGAUUACUUAAGCAGAUUUUGAUCUAUUCCAUUUGAAACCUGAUACCUUUAAAGAGGCAAAUUCAUAUUCUCGAAUACCUACUUUUUUUUCUACUGAUAAUUAUUUCAAUAUAGAUAAAGAAAGUCCAAAUAGUUUUAUUUCUUUUGAGAAUCUACUUAAUGUUGAAAGGAUCAUCUCACUCAAAUAAUUUCAGAUGAAAUUAAAGAAAAAAUAGAGUGUAAUUCAUGAAUAAAAUGCAAAUAAAUAAAAUUAAAAUGAUUAUAUUGUGACUUCCAAUUUAGAGAUGCUUGAAAUAAUAACUGUAGUAGAUAUUGAGCAACAAUCGAGAUUUUUGAAUGUGUUAUUUCACUUAAUCCUAUAGCACUAUCACCAAAACCUGGAUUAGUAUUUGGUUUUUAUUACCAAUACUACUUUCUUGUUUGAUAUACCUCCCUAAUUUGAUCAACCAAAUAUGUAUAGAUUGGCACUUUUCUAUGAUAAAUUAUCGUAUUCUCUGAAAGAUCUUUAAUAGAUUUUACUGAAAGACAAAAGUGAGUUAAGCAAUAUCUUACAUAAAAAAUUGUCAUUAAAUUUAAUAUAGAUUCUUAUUGGUUGUUAUGAGAAACAUAUUUACAGACUUAAUUUUACAUUAUCAACAAUAUUCUAUGUUCCAAAAUAUAAAUGUUUUAAAUUAGAAUCCUUUGGUAGAAUGAAAAUACUCGUAUAAUUUGGUUAAAAUCCAGAAGUGGCCUUAAAGACCUUGGAAGAAAAGAAGUAUAAGGCAUUUGUUAAAAGUUUCAAGAAGGAUUUAUUUGCGAUUAUUGAUCUUAUCAUCUAUUUCAAAUAAGUCUAGAGUUAAAAUUUAAGAACCAUAUCAACAAUUAGGAAAAAGUACUUUGCAAAUUUGAAAAAAGAGCAAGGAGAGAUUUUAGAAGAUGAAAAGAAUUAUUGUUUAUUGGCUGAGAAGAUAUUCAGCAACGAUUAAGAUCGUUAUUUACUUGAAUUCAUUAAAAUGGCAAUAUAUUCAUACGAUCUGACAGAUGUUGAUAAAUUUAUUUAAGAUUUCAAAUAAGUUGCAGAGAGUCUUCGAAAGGAAUUAUUUGAAGUAGAUUUUCAGUAAGAUUCCAAGCAAAUGGAUUAAUAAGUUGAAUAGCAAAAAUUGUCUAAUUCUAAUUCUGUAGAUUUAGAUGAUUUAAGCGAAAUAAAAUUAUUGGAAAGUUUUCCAGUAAAUAUUUGUGAGGAUUACAAAUCUAUUGCUCAAAAUAAGAGUAAGCUAUCUGAAGUUGAAUAAACCUAUAAGGAGAUAAUUUAUCAGUCAUUGCUUUAUUCAAACAGAUUUCAAGCCUAUUACGAAAAGUUUCAAAAUUUAUAAAAGCCAAUAUUUUAAAACUGUUAUGUGGAAAUACUUAAUAUUUUCUAUUUUAUUAAAUAAUAACAUCGAGAAGAUUCUUGGCAGGAGAAAUUAAAAAUAGUAUCCUAAAAAAUGGACAAAGUGAUAAAUCUUAUUAAAUAAGUCAAAGAUGAUAGUGUUGAUAAUUUUCAUAUUACUCUGUUAUUUUAGAUUAUGACUUUAUCUUAAAAAAAGCCAAUAGUGAUUUUAAACUAAUUACAGAAAUGCAUUUCUAAUCAACUGAAACAGAAAAUGCAAAUGGAUCAUAGAUUGAGGAGUUAAAAUUAAGCAAAGGGAUUACUUGAACAAAAAAAGCAUGUAAUGUUAUAAGUAUGGUCAGCUUUGUCGUAUCUUCAUACAGACAAUUAUUUUUAAGCUAUCAGCAAAAUUUAGAAAGCUAUUGGAUUUUAAUUGAAAAACCAGCAUCAAGCAUCAUUGUCUUAUGGUUAUUCACUAUUAGUGAGUGGAGAGAUAGCAAGAUUGAGUCUAGCCCCAAUUUCGGCUAUGCUUAACUUAGAAAUGAGUUUAGUAAUUUACAAUCAGUUCUUUCCAUAAAAUAAGUAGGUAGAAGAUUAAAGUGAGAUUACAGAUAAAUCAGAGUAUAAUCCAUUCUAAAUAAGAUAUAAAGAUGUAAGAGUUAAAAAUUUGGCUACAAGCAAUAAAGCCAAAGUAGAAUUCCUACUUGGAAUGAGUUACUUUGAUAUGCACGAUUAAGAAAAUUCAUUAUUAUGUCUUAAAAGGGCUUAAGAAUUAAUGUUAAGAUCAUUUCACAUUUAUGCAGAAGAGGUAGUGUUUCUCGUGUUAUAGUAAUUAUGGAUUCAUGUUUUACAGGAUGAUAUAGGUCAUGCUAUGAAUAUUGCAUUAUUUUAUGCUAAUGAUAUGAAUUAGUAAUAUAGGAAUGGGAAAGAGUUUAAGAAGAAGAUAAUAUCUAAAUUGCAGUUUAUAAUAGGGUCUAUCUUUGAAUUUAAUGGAUAAUAUUUAAGUGCUAUUAGAUUUAUAGAACGUUCUAAUAGGACUCUAACUUAUGCCAAGUGUAAUAAUUUUGUAAUCCAAAUGCAUUAUUAAGCUAAAAAGAUUCAGAUAAUUACAAAAUUGAAGAAGGCGUUUAUAAAAAUAAAAAGUAAACAAUAAGUGAGAUCAGAAGAAGAUUUGAGUUUAUUCUAAACAUUAAAUGAAGCUCUGGGUCAGACAUUUCAAACAUUGUAUUUUAAAUAGCCAAUUACAAUGAAGACUUCGGUGUUGCUGGAUAAGUUUGGAAAGUAGAUAAUUCACAUUUAGGGUUUGAUGAGAACAGAUGGAUAGAGUAAGGCUAUUAAACUACUUGGGGAUUUGAUAAAAGCCUUAAAUAAGAGCAAAAAGGAUGAGAUUUACGGUUUGGUUUAGGAUAAGUACCUGACCUUGUCUUUAGAUAAACUGAGUGCAAAAGAAAUAGAAGCAUAAAUUCAUAGUGUAAUAGAAAUUCAUGACAGAUACUUAUAAUUUCCUUUAAAGUAACACCAUGUAUUAAAGUGCUAGCUUAUUUUACUGUGUAUUUUUAUGAAAUAGAAAAACAAUAAUUAAAUAUUUGAGCAUUUCAAAAACAUUGAAUAAACAAUUGAAGAAUUCUAAAAUAUCUUAUAAUGGAAAUAAUUAUCUUCUGACACAGAAGAGGUUCAAUUAUAAAAUAAGUUUGAGACAAUAGUGAAGAGGGGAAGCAUUGCUAUGGUCUAUUAAAUUGCAAACGUGACUGAAUUGAUUGAGCAGUUCAACAAAUUUAAGAAAAAGUUAAUUGAAAAUCUACAAAAUAGAGAAAAAUUUGUUGACUUAGCCAAUUCAUUUUAGAAGAGGGUAAUCAACUCUUAAGCAUUUUUAAAACUAUUAUAAACAAAGUAAGCAUGUUUACUUGGGAGUUAUUCUUAAGUGAAAAUAGUCAAUGAAGGAGAGUAGGAGUAAUAACAGCCAGAGAUUAUGAUUUAAAGAGAAACUCCAUAAAAAUUAUAGUUUGUUGAGGAUUCGACAGAAGUGGAUGGAAAAGAGAAUUAAAAGUUGGUUUUUGAUUUGAGAAGUUUGGAUGAGAUAAUUGUGGAGAAGAAGUUAGUUCAUCAUAGGAAGGGGUAGACGGAGGAGACCCUUUAAAAGAUUGAGGAGACAAAUGAACCGGAGAAGAUGAAGAAAUCGCAUAAAAGAAAUGAAUCAGAAAUGACUUUUAAGAAUGCAACGAAAAAGAAAAAGAUUGAUUAUAAAAUGAAUCCAUUUCAGAGUACUUUAAAAAAAUGA